AUGGCCGAGGAGAUCUCAAAUUUCGUAUCAAACCUCCGACUGGAUGACGAAGAGGACACAGUUUUAGAUCUUGAUGUAAUUGACCCGUCCGUUACCAAACCCGUCUCACUGUUACUUGUGGGUCGCUUGCUUACGGACCGAUCCUAUAACGUGGAUGCCUUCAAGAAAACGAUUACUGGUGUGUGGAAACCUGUGCAUGGAUUAGUUAUUAGGGUUUUAAGCCCUAAUCUUUAUGCCUUCCAGUUUUUUCAUUGGCGUGACAUGGCGAAGGUUCUUGAAGGUAGACCAUGGUGUUUCGAUAAUAUGCUGGUGCUAUUGAAGGAAGCUGAUGGUGACGAACAGCCGGACCAGGUAACUUUAAAUCAUUCCCCGUUUUGGAUCCGGAUAAAAAACCUCCCUUUUAAUAGUCGAUCAGAUGAAGUUGUUAGGGCUUUAGUAGGCAACUUGGGGGAAGUGUUGCAAUUGGAAGAAGAUGUUCUUGGCUUUGGCAGGUACAGAAGGGUUAAAGUGAUGAUUGAUGUUACUAAGCCCCUCCGUCGCUACCGGCGGUUGAAGGAUAAGAAGGGUAGGGAGACACAGAUUGAUUUUGCAUACGAAAGGUUGCCUUUCUUUUGUUUUGCUUGUGGCAUCAUGGGCCACUCUGAGAAGGAUUGUCAACUAGUAAAUGAAGAAGAUAAGCUUGAGAAGUUGGGGUGGAGUUUGAGCCUUAAAGCUACACCUAGGCGUGGGAGAACGAAAGAGAUGGAGGAGGAAGGGAAAUUUCGCUCAUGCAGUAAAGUUCUUUUUAAUGAUGAUGACGGUCCCAAGGUAGAUGACAAAGUGGAGAAUCUAGCUUUAAAUGUUGUCACCCUAUCAACCCCCACACACACUGUCUCUCAUCAUUAUGUCAGUAAUAAUGGUGCCCCACCUACUGCUACUCACCCGAAACCCAACCAACCCAGCCCUAUUUUGUCCCCUAAUACCACGCCCCCCCCCAAAAAGUCAACCACAUAA